AUGAGUGGAAAAAACAAUGAUACAACGGUUGGCGCCGCCCACCAAGUAGACAGCAGUUCCGCAUCAAUUGCAAAUACAGAACUAUCAUUCCAAGGUAUACGUCACCACAGUGCUUCACAUGACAAUUUUACCGAAGGGCAAGAAUCUGCAGGUGAUAAACUUUCGAGAAUUUUUACCCAAGGAUCUGGAAGUUAUCAAGCAUCUCAAUUUUCAGCAGACGUCGUAUCCAAUGUGGAAUCACUAGCAGAAGUAUUAUCCCAUCAUACAACAAGAGACGGUCCUGUGCCUACAGAAGGUAAUGAUUUCGAUGCAGCUGCAAUCUUUUCCAAAUUCGUUAGAGACGCCAAUGAACAAGGUAUCCAUAUUCGUAAAUCUGGUGUUACUUUAGAAGACGUUUCUGCAGAAGGUUUAGAUUCUUCCGCUUUGGAAGGUGCUACUUUUGGUAACAUCCUUUGCUUACCACUAACCAUAUAUAAAGGUAUUAAGGCCAGAAAAAAUAUGAAAAUGAGAAGGAUUCUUAAUAACGUUAACGUUUUAGCUAAAGCUGGUGAAAUGGUUUUAGUCUUAGGUAGACCAGGUGCUGGUUGUUCUUCAUUCUUGAAAGUUACAGCGGGUGAAAUUGAUCAAUUUGCAGGUGGUAUAAAAGGUGAUAUUACUUAUGACGGUAUUCCUCAGAAAGAAAUGAUGAAACAUUAUAAAGCAGACGUUAUUUACAAUGGUGAAUUAGAUGUCCAUUUCCCAUUCUUGACUGUGCAACAAACUUUAGAUUUCGCAAUUGCUUGUAAGACACCUGCUAACAGGGUCAAUGGUGUAUCAAAAGCUGAAUAUAUCCAGUCCACAAGAGAAUUAUAUGCAACAAUUUUUGGGCUAAGACAUACAUAUCAAACUAAGGUUGGUAAUGAUUUCGUUAGAGGUGUAUCUGGUGGUGAACGUAAACGUGUUUCUAUUGCAGAAGCUUUAGCUGCCAAUGGUUCCAUCUAUUGUUGGGAUAAUGCUACGAGAGGGUUAGACGCUUCAACAGCUUUAGAAUAUACAGAAGCUAUACGUCUUAUGACUAAUUUACUAGGCUCUACAGCAUUUGUCACAAUCUAUCAAGCUAGUGAAAAUAUUUAUUCAUUAUUUGAUAAAGUUUCUCUCCUUUACAAUGGUAGACAAAUUUAUUACGGUCCUGUUACUGAAGCAAAAGAAUAUUUUGAUAGAAUGGGAUACGAAUGUCCACCGAGACAAGUUACUGCUGAAUUUUUGACCGCGUUAACUGAUCCAAACGGUCUACAUCAAAUCAAACCUGGUUAUGAACGCAAAAUACCACGUUCUGCUAAGGAAUUCGAGGAUUAUUGGUUAGCUUCUCCUGAAUAUGCCCAACUAAGAAAAGAUAUUGCUGAAUAUAAAAAUAGUAUCGACACCGAUAAAACGAGAGAAAUAUAUAACAAGUCUAUGGCGGAGGAAAAAUCUAAAGGUACAAGAAAGAAAUCAUAUUAUACUAUCUCUUACUGGGAUCAAAUUUUGUUAUGUACGAAGCGUGGUUUCCAAAGAAUUUAUGGUAAUAAAAGCUACACAGUUAUCAAUACAUGUGCAGCCAUCAUUCAAUCCUUCAUUGUUGGUUCUUUAUUCUACAAUACGCCGUCGACCACGAAUGGUGCCUUCUCAAGAGGAGGUGUUUUAUAUUUCGCACUAUUGUACUAUUCCUUAAUGGGUCUAGCUAAUAUUUCUUUUGAAAACCGUCCAAUUCUUCAAAAACACAAGGGUUAUUCUCUGUACCAUCCAUCCGCCGAAGCUAUCGCAAGUACAAUUUCUGAAUUCCCAUUUAGGAUGAUUGGUAGGACUUUAUUCAUCAUCAUCCUAUAUUUCUUAGCUGGUUUACACACAAGUGCUGGCGCAUUUUUCAUGGUCUAUUUGUUCUUAACAUUAACUACAGAAGGUAUCAGUUUAAUGUUUGAAAUGAUCGCAUCUGCAUGUGAUACGUUAGCUCAAGCAAAUGCCAUCAAUGGUGUCUUAAUGUUAGCUAUCUCCUUAUAUUCCACUUAUAUGAUUCAAUUACCUUCCAUGCACCCAUGGUUCCAAUGGAUAUCCUAUGUUCUUCCAAUCAGAUACGGUUUCGAGUCCAUGUUGAAUGCUGAGUUCCAUGGGAGGCAUAUGGAUUGUGGUGGUACGCUAGUCCCCACUGGUCCAGGAUAUGAAAAUGUUGCUGAUGACAAUAAAGUUUGUGCGUUUGUUGGUUCUGAACCUGGUCAAUCAUGGGUUCUUGGUGACGACUAUCUGAAAAAACAAUUCCAAUAUGAAUAUAAACAUACAUGGAGAAACUUUGGUAUUAUUUGGUGUUUCUUACUCGGCUAUUUAUGUGUCAAAGCUGUAAUUACUGAAUUUAAGAGACCAGUCAAAGGUGGUGGUGAUGCUAUGUUAUAUAAAAAAGGUACUAAGAUUAUGAAGGUUGCUGAUGAUGAAGAAUCAACCAGUGAUACUGCCAAUAGUUUAGAAUUGAAAGAGAGAUUUUCAAGUUCUAACAGUUCCGAAGUUGAUCUCGCCGGAGCGUUUGAGAACUUAAAAUCUACUGCUGUUUUUGCUUGGAAGGAAGUUUGUUUCACUAUUCCAUAUGAUGGCGGUCAAAGAAUGUUAUUGGAUCACGUUUCUGGUUAUUGUGUACCCGGUACUAUGACGGCCUUAAUGGGUGAAUCAGGUGCAGGUAAGACAACGUUAUUAAAUACUUUAGCCCAAAGAAAUGUUGGUAUUAUUACUGGUGAUAUGCUUAUUAAUGGUCGUCCAAUCGAUUCAAGUUUCGAAAGACGUAUUGGUUAUGUGCAACAACAAGAUAUUCACAUUGCAGAAUUAUCUGUUAGAGAAUCGUUACAAUUUUCUGCCCGUAUGCGUCGUGACCAAAGAAUUCCUGAUUCAGAAAAAUUGGCGUAUGUUGAAAAAAUAAUUCAAGUUUUAGGAAUGGAACCAUAUGCAGAAGCACUAGUUGGUGAUGUUGGUCGUGGUUUGAAUGUUGAACAAAGGAAAAAGCUAUCUAUUGGUGUUGAAUUAGUUGCAAAACCGGAUCUUCUUCUAUUUUUAGAUGAACCUACCUCUGGUUUGGACUCACAAUCUUCAUGGGCUAUUAUUCAAUUAUUGAGGAGAUUAGCUGAUGCUGGUCAAUCCAUCUUAUGUACUAUCCAUCAACCCUCUGCCACAUUAUUUGAACAAUUCGAUAGAUUAUUACUGUUAAAGAAAGGUGGUCAAACUGUCUAUUUUGGUGAUAUUGGCCACAACUCUGAAACUUUACUACGUUAUUUUGAAAGAAACGGUGCUAGAAAAUGUACUUCCAAAGAGAACCCAGCCGAAUAUAUCUUAGAAGCUAUUGGUGCAGGUGCUACAGCAUCUGUUAAAGAAAACUGGCAUGAUAUUUGGAUUAGAUCACCUGAAUACCAAGCAUCUGAGAACAAAGUUUCUGAAAUUAUCAACGAAUUAUCUCAAAAAGAGUUGACUACCGGUGAUGACGUUAAUACUGCUAAAUAUGCUACUUCUUAUGCUUAUCAAUUUAACUAUGUUUUAAGAAGAACAUCAUUGACCUUCUGGAGAAAUUUGAACUAUAUUAUGUCUAAGAUGAUGCUUCUAACAACUGGUGGGUUAUUUAUUGGUUUCACAUUUUUUGGUGUUGGUAGUUCUUAUACUGGGUUGCAAAAUGCGAUGUUUGCUGCGUUUAUUUCGAUAAUUAUGGCUGCUCCUGCAAUGAAUCAAAUCCAAGCCCGUGCUAUCGCAGCUAGGGAUCUUUUCGAAGUUAGAGAAUCUAAAUCUAAUAUGUUCCAUUGGUCACUAUUGUUAAUUACCCAAUUCUUAAAUGAAUUACCAUACCAUUUGUUAUUUUCUACCAUCUUUUUCGUAUCAUCAUACUUCCCAUUAAGAAACUUUUUCCAGGCUUCCAGAUCUGGUGUUUACUUCUUAAACUACUGUAUCAUGUAUCAAUUGUAUUAUGUCGGAUUUGGUUUAAUGGUUCUUUACGUUUCCCCUAAUUUACCAUCAGCAAAUGUUAUAUUGGGUCUUUGUCUUUCAUUCUUAAUUUCAUUCUGUGGUGUGACUCAACCACCAUCUCUAAUGCCAGGUUUCUGGACUUUCAUGUGGAAAGCUUCCCCAUUAACAUACUUCGUUCAAAAUAUGAUUGGUAUUAUGUUACACGAUAAGAAAGUUGUUUGUUCUAAGAAAGAGCUAAAUUAUUUCAAUCCUCCAGCCGGUCAGACUUGUGGUGAAUACAUGGAUCCAUUUUUAUCCGGUGCAACUGGUUAUAUCAACAAUCCUGAUGCUACAUCUGAUUGUGCAUAUUGUCUCUACGAAGUUGGUGAUAAUUAUUUAGCUUCUAUCAGUGCACCUUACUCCAAUCUAUGGAGAAAUUUUGGUAUAUUCUGGAUUUAUAUUGUUUUCAACAUUAUAGCUAUGGUUUCGUUAUAUUAUCUGUUGCACGUUAAAAAUGUUUCACCUCUAACAGGUGUCAUGAAGCUUGCCACUAAAGUUAAAUCCAAAGGGAAGAAAUAG